GUCUGCGCAGCGUGUGUACCGGCGGGGGCGUGGCGGCGGGAAGGGCAGCCCGGCUGGCGCUCGCGGUCUCCCGGAGGCCGCAUCUUCCCGGGAGCCGGGCCCCGUGGGCACCGUAGGGGAAACGGAGCGGCGGCAGGAGCCGUCCCGGGCCAGCGGGGCCAGCCAGGCUCGUGGCUGAAGGUCCUCCUCAUCUUGUUCCACAGGCCCUGGAAGUUAAAUCCCUGGUUGGUGUUUGGUUGUUUUUGUUUUGUUGGUGGCCUUCAUCCCGCGUGGGGUCUACCCCCGUCCCUCAUCUGUACUCGAUCCUCAGAGAUAGCUCUCCUUCCUAGGAAGCCAUGGAUACCUCGGCGUCUUUGCCUCCGGUACCCCCGUCCCCGAUCUGCAACCCAGCGCCACGGACCAUCCAGAUAGAGUUCCCUCAGCAUAGCUCAUUGCUGCUGGAAGCCCUGAACCGUCACAGGCUAGAGGGAAAGUUCUGUGAUGUGUCCCUCCUGGUGCAGGGCCGGGAGCUUAGGGCUCACAAAGCAGUGUUGGCUGCUGCGUCUCCUUACUUCCACGACAAACUUCUUCUGGGGGAUGCGCCACGGCUCACUCUGCCCAGCAUCAUUGAAGCUGAUGCCUUCGAGGGGCUGCUCCAGCUCAUUUAUUCAGGGCGCCUCCGCCUGCCACUGGAUGCUCUCCCUGCCCACCUCCUUGUGGCCAGUGGCCUCCAGAUGUGGCAAGUAGUAGAUCAGUGCUCAGAGAUCCUUAGAGAAUUAGACACCUCAGGGGGUGGAAUGUCAACCCGUGGAGUGACCCCGUGUCACACACCUCUUUCCACCACAUCCUCUACGGGAGGUUGGUGCAUUCACUCUUCCCCUUUCCAGACGCCUGUGCAGUCUUCUGCUUCUACUGAGAGCCCCUUUGGAGGGGAGGGGAGUGAACUGGGAGAUGUGCUACAGAUUCAGGUUGAGGAAGAGGAGGAGGAGGAGGAAGAUGAUGAUGAUGAUGAUGAAGACCAGGGGUCAGCAGCACUCUCUCAGCCUCCUCCACCUCCGAGAGUAUCAUGGAUUCCCCGCACUCGUGGAUCCCGCCCACUGCCCAUGUCCACUGUCCCCUGUAGGCUUCCAGAGGAUGAGAGUGCACCAGUUGAACCUCCUGCCCCUCUGACCUCACUGCACCCCAAAAUCGUCUACGUUAAGCAGGAACCUUUAGAAUCUAAGGAGGAGAUAUCAGGAGGUGGAACUCAGUCUGGAGGAGUAAAGGAGGAGACCAAAGUGUUUCCUGGAGGGGACACUGAAGGGACUAGAGAGCUAGGGUUCUUGCUGCCCUCAGGAGCAGGGGCAGCAUCUGGGCGUGGAGGUCCAUCCUGGAAACCAGUGGAUCUUCAUGGGAAUGAAAUCUUGUCGGGGGGUGGGGGACCUGGGGGUGCAGGGCAGGCUGUGCAUGGGCCUGUGAAGCUGGGGGGGGCACCUCCUGAAGAUGGAAAACGCUUUGGUUGCUUGUGUGGGAAGCGGUUUGCAGUGAAGCCAAAGCGUGACCGGCACAUCAUGCUGACCUUCAGCCUUCGGCCUUUUGGCUGUGGCAUCUGCAACAAGCGCUUCAAGCUGAAGCACCAUCUGACAGAGCAUAUGAAGACCCAUGCUGGGGCCCUGCAUGCCUGUCCCCACUGUGGUCGUCGGUUCCGAGUCCAUGCCUGUUUCCUUCGCCACCAGGACCUAUGCAAGGGCCAGGGCUGGGCCACCGCUCACUGGACUUACAAGUGACCAUGGAGGCCAUACACUGACUUCUAGGACGAGAGAGCUGCUGCUGACAGAUGCUUACCCCUCACUACAAUGGCAUCCCAAUCCUGGAUCUUAUAAUCAUACCAAAAGGAUAGAUACAUUAUGGGCCUCUUGUUCUUGGGUGUGGGCCUCAACCUGGCAAAUUUGGAAACUCAGAUUUUUCGUUUCACUCCAGGUUUUUACUAAUCACCCUACAGCAGAGUGGUUUACAGGCCAUGUGUAAAAUGGUCACUUGCCCAUAAUAGAUCUUCUUUUCACACAGGAAACCAGAUGUCACAUUAGAAGUUUAUCUGAAAAGAGGAAAGUUAGAACAAAAAGACAAAAUGAUAAAUGUUUCAUUCAGUCUCCAUGAGGAGUUAAAGGGGCUGGUCUCACCUAGGGGUAUGUUUGAUUCAGAGCUCUUGUAAUUCAGAGACUAAGCUCUAAGCUUUCCUUUCCCUCAUCAUAGCUGAAAUGUGAGCACAAUUCUUUUUAUGUACUUUCCUUAUAUCUUUCUAGAAGCCCCUCAGAUCGUAACUUGCUUUCUCACCAGUAGAUACCUUCCCAACACCUUUAUGUUUGUUGUAGUUGAGCACUUUAACAAGCUGGGCAUUCCAUGUGUUGUCCCUAGGAUCCCCUGGAAUAGAGAGUAUUUCCUCGAUAGCCUGUGCCUCCUGUCUACCUUUGACCCCACAGAUCACUCAUCUAUUGAUCACAGUAACUGGCAUGUGACCAGUGAACUCAGGAGAUGGCCACUGACCUAAAAUGCUCUCAGGGUAGCACCACUGCUCUGAACAAGUGGCCUUGGCCAGAGGGACUCAGGGCGGAGACAGCACAUGCUGCAGACACGGUGGGACCCCCCUCUCCCCUCCACACACACACACAAACACACAUGACGGUUGUGUGUUGACCCUUGGUUGAGAGGUAGAAGGGCAGGUUUUGGAAUGGGGAGAUUGUCGCAGGUUACUUAAUUUCUUCAAAUAAACUUUGCCCUGAGGUCUCAGCUGACAGUGGACUGGAGUAAGUGAUUUAUGUGGGAAAGACAACGUGAGAACAGAGUUGCAAAGACUUGGAUGUGUUCCUUAUGCAGCUGGGUUAUGUUGAUGGGGGAAGGAUGGGAUGGUUUCACACUGGUGCAGAGAAAGCAGCUCUGGGUUUCAGUGGGCCAGAUUCUAGGCCCGGACCUGCCACGGAAUAAUGUCUGGUAAGUUACCUUAUCUUUCAGAGUCUGAAUUGUUCCUUUGUGUGUGUGUGUGGGGGGGGGGCAUGGACCUCCUAACUGGUUCUUUGUCUUCUUUUUUUAAAAGGGCUUGGUUCACGUGAUCUUUAUAAUCUCUGACUUCAUGUAUUGCAUAUAAUAUUUGGUUUAUUCUAACAUCUAGUGCAAAGCACUGUGCCAUACCCUGAUUCAUACUGUGCCCUCAAGGAGUUCACAGCUACGACUGAAGCUAGACAAAUAAUGACAGUGUAGUGUGGUAAGUCCAUGGUAGUGGGCAGGACAAGCUACUGUGGUGGCACAAAGGAAGGCGAACAAAGACCUGUUACAGGUCAGCAGAGGUUUCACAAAGAACUCCAUGUACCAGAGUGUGGCAGUGGGUGUGGGUGGCUGAACUGAUGUGGAAAUGGGAGUGCAUGAGUUGAAGUCACAGUUUCACUUCCAGGAAUGAUAGCCUUCCCCAAAGCGUGUUCCUCAAGAGUUACUAGAUGUGGCACCCAGAAGGGGCUGAAAAAGAUGACUUUAUGGAUGUGAAGGUGAAAUAUAGCUGGGAUCUGUCAGCCUCUCUAAAGAGCCAUGCUGCGGUAUCAUCCCCAUGGUAAGGACUGUGAACACAUUGGGAAAGGGGUCAGGGAGCCAGGCUGCCAGUCUUCAAUCUCCUACAGUCCCACCCCCGCCAUUAUUUUGGCACACAGUCUGUAGGUGGCUGUAUGCAUGGGUCAGGGUCUUUUGGUUACAAGCAACAGAAACUGGCUCUGACUAACCUUAUCAAAGCAGGAAUCAAUGGAAGGAUGUGGGUGGCUCCUGGAAUGGAAGGAAGGGAUGAAGGACCAGCCUUUGGAAGGACAAGACCUGGGUCAGCUCUGGGGGUCCCGGGAGCAGGAACUCCUGGGGAAUCUCUUCAGGUCAUAUCAUUUGGGAUGAUGACCCAGUCAUUCUUAUUUCUUGUGUCACUCAAGAUGAAAUUUUCCAGGCCCACCGUCUGGGCAGAGCGCCUUGAUCCUAUGUUCCAUCAAGGCAAUGAAGUGGGGAUAGAAUCCUCAAGGGGAACUCGAAGUCCUGGGAUAGAAGAGUGGGGAAUGGAUACUGGCCAGACGACAAGACACAGGCUCUCCCCUGACACUCUCCACAUGCUGCCCAUCUUGGGAUCCUUAGAGCCCCAGAUACACAUGGCACUUAAUAGGUGUUCAAGAUAUGUUGAACCUUCCACCUUUGCUCUCUGAACUUAAGGCAGAAUUGCUUCCUCCGGUUCCUUAACCCCAGAGCACUUUGUUAUUACUCUGUAAAGCUAAUUAAAACACUAGAGUUUCAUUUUAAAAGUUACUAAGUAUUACAUAGAAAACAAGUUCCAUGAUGAAAGAUUUUGGUUUAAACAAAGGUGUACCUUUCUGCCUCUCUCCUUUCCUCCUUGUAGUGGCAGAGAUGUCCCUCCUGCUGUCCAAGGCUGGCCCCUUCCCAGGACCUUUGUCCUUUUUCAUUACCCUCUCUGUCCUGUAUCUUUAUGUAGUUCCUCAUUUGCAGUUAGUCAUGCUCAUGGGUUGUGAGAAUUAAUACCUGUAAAAUGCUUAGAACAGUGCCUUGCACUCAGUAAACUCAAUAAAUGUUAGGUAUUAUGAGAACAUUAAUGACCCACACCUUUACUGGGAUCAGCUCUUUCAGGGAUCAGGGAGGGAUCACUUACAUAAAGAGAAAAUAUUUUCAACUAAAAGGGAAAUGAGGCAUACAGCACUCAGUAAGGAUUAGAUAUUAUCAUUGUUAUGAUUACCUUUCUCAUAAAUGCUAGUGUUCUCCAAGGCUCUUUUUACCUUCUAACUUUAUACACUCCUGGGUGAUUUUUAUCCACUCUUCUGAGUUAAACCAUUUAAAUACUGAUGACCCUCAAUUUUAUAUCUCCAGUUUUCCUGACCUGAGACCCACUUAGAAUUUUUCUUUCUUUUCUUCCUUCGAGAAGUGCCUGCUGUGUACUCGUAUGUACCAGAUAAAAAGAGCAGGAAGUAUCACAGGGUUUGGGCCUAGGAUUAUCGCUUUACGAGACAGAUAUUUAAGCCAGCUAUGUGGAUACUUCGUAGACACCUCAAGCUCAACAUGUCUAAAAUACUCUACCCCACCUAUAGCCAGCUGUUCCUCUGCCCUUUCCAGGUGUAGUAAUGGUUCCGCCAUCCACCCAAAGGCCCAAGACAGAAACCUGGGAGUGUUCCUGAACACCUGUCCCACCUCCCAUACCUGCCCUACCAAUGCUGUUUCCUAAAUAUUUCUGAUUGAUGCAUUCCUUCAUUCUCACCACAGCUACUGCAACUUAACUGGUUGUCUUGUCUUGCUUCCCUCUAUUUUGCACUCUACACGCGACGGCCAGAGUGAUCUUUCUAAAGCAAAAAGUACUGUUUCACCAGCUCUUAGUUUAAACCUUUCAUUUACUUCCUCUUGCUCUUCCAUGAAGUCCAAAGGAUCUGGUUCCGGUUAGCACAGACUCGUUGUUCAUGCCUGUCUUUCCUAGGCCUCUGCUUUUUUUCUGCUCAUCAUACUUCUCUCUCUAGCUAGAAUAGUUAUGUACCUAGAAAUAGCCCUCGAUGGGCUAAUUCCUACUCUCUUUAGGUACCAGCUAAAACAUUACUUCUAGAAAUUUUCCUGAUCAUUAAGACCUCUGCUGUGUGCUCUCCUAGCUCUUAUUUCCCCAUGUCAUGAGACUUUUUUGGAAUUUCCUUUAUUCAAUAAGUAUUUGCCAGCUAUCCACUAUUAUAUGGAGGCACUGUUUUAGGCAUGGCGGACAUUUCUUGCCCUCAUAAGAUUACAUUCCAGUGCUAUAAAGGAAAUAAACCAGGUAAUAAGACAGAGAGUAACAGAGAAGGAAGACAUACUGUACACAUUGACCUAGCAUCCAGAAGAAAAGAAAGACCCAGACAUGCAAAGCAGGGUAAGGAAGAUGGUUCCAGUAAAGUGUUUAGCAGUUGCAAAGGUCAAAAAACAGAGGUUGGUAUGUUUGACAAGGAGACCAGUGGGCCUGGAGAGGAACGAGGUGUUGUCUUAGUCUGUUUGGGCUGCUCUAACAGAAUACCAUGAACUUGGCUUAUAAACAACAGAAAUUCAUUUCUCACAGUUCUGGAGGCUGGGAGGUCCAAGAUCAAGCACCGGCAGAGUCAGUGUGGGGAGGACCUGCUUCCUGAUACACAGCAGGUCAUCUCGCUGUCUCCUCACAUGGCAGAAAGAGAAAGGGAGCUCUCUG